AUGCAGCACGCUCCCCUUCAACAACAAUCUCUUUAUCAUCUCGGCCUCUUAUCUCCUCCCCAGAUUGAGCCAAUUCCAAGCGGAAAUCUACCUCCUGGGUUUGAUCCAAAUACAUGUCGCAGUGUGUAUGUGGGUAACAUUCUUAAACAAGUUACUGAACCACUUCUUCAAGAGGUUUUCGCAAGCACUGGUCCCAUUGAAGGCUGCAAACUCAUAAUAAAAGAUAAGUCAUCUUAUGGAUUCAUCCACUACUUUGACCAUAGAUCAGCUGCACUUGCUAUAGUAUCCUUAAAUGGAAGGCAUUUAUUUGGUCAGCCUAUUAAAGUCAAUUGGGCAUAUGCGGAUAUGCCAGUGGCCAGAGGGAGGAUACCUCAGGUCACUACAAUAUAUUCGUGGGUGAUCUUAGCCCUGAAGUUACAGAUGCUAUGCUAUUUGCUUGCUUCUCGGAUGCAAGGGUAA